AGUGGCUAAAUUGACCUACACAUUCCAAAGCCGGUGAGGACGUAAUCGGCGGGCGGCUAUAAAUUACUGUGUACGGAUAUGAGAUGCCAAUAUUUGAAUAGUUGUGAACCCAGAUUGAUCGUGGUGAGAACGAAAGCUAGUUUCUACUAUUAACCAGCCACCACAGUGCGUUACUGUAUGCUACACGUGUUGUGUGUGAUAUCAAUAUGAAGCCGACUGUUAGUAAUUCUUACUCGGGACUUUGUUUAUUGUUGACGGUCCUGUACCCGGUAUAUUCCUCUGCCAUUGUUCUCAGUCUGCCUGGCCGUGGAUCUAUGGCAUGGAAACACUUUACGCUGAAGUGUGGUCUCCACUGUCCGUACGGUUACGAUACUGACGUAGAAGGGGGACCAAUUUGUAAAUGUCAGAACCCGUGCAGGAACGUCUUCUGCUUUGAUGGAACUGUCUGUGUCAUCAAGAAAGCAAAGAACUGCAGAGGAGGAUUCUGUAGCCACAAGGCUGCUUGUAAAGAUGCAAAAUCUACCACAAGCGAUGUUUCUAUCCCUAUGGGGCACAACAGGGGACCUCCCGCUCUCACGAACGAGGCAUUUGAUAUAGCCAACACUCUUCAGCAAGACUCCAGUACGACUAUCAGCGGUACCAGCCCUGUUGACGUCACAGAAAUAUGCAUAGAUCAACCGCCACCGGAAGCAUGGAAAUGUGACCGGAAGGAGAAGAGGUACUAUUUCAACAGUAACAAGGGGAUGUGUCUGAGGUUCAGAGGAUGCCAAACUGUAGGAAACAAUUUCAGGCGUCGAAGAGACUGCAAGAGGACGUGUAUUUCAUCAAAAUCCAAAAAAGGAAGCCUGGCCUACCUGAAUCGCAUGCCAUCCAGAGAGACCAGUAACGAGACCAACAUAUGUCUCCUUGCCCUAGACGACCCCUCUCGAUGCAGAGAUAGGACCGUGAUGAGGUGGCAUUUCAGUCUCGAGAAGGGCACGUGCGUCAGGGUCAAGGCUUGCAAAACUUCUUUCGGUAACUACUUCCGGAAACGCAGACAGUGCAAGAGACAGUGCAUGAGGAAAAACCGGAGUGUCAUCAGGAGGCGAAAGAACAAAAAGAGGUCCAAGAGUCGGAGGAGAGGCAUCCUCAGGAACGAGUUUAACGGCUAGACUGCAAGUGGUUCCCCGCCGGAAUACCUCUGUUCUCCAAGAAGUGGCACCGUCAGCUUACACGGUCCUGUGACCAGUACGGAUGCCCGCGCAUCAGGCUCGCUCCUGACCCAAACAGUUUCGCUCAGAAAUACGUCACCGUUUGUGUCAUCAUGAAGCACGCGGGCAAAAUAUUCGAACUCCAUCACAGAUUUGGUCAUUUUCAUAUUAAAUUUUCUAGUAAAUAUCAUUUCUGACCAAUACUACUGACCUCGAUCCGUAGUUUCCCCAUACGAGGUCUUCAUGUGGUGUCCCACGGUCCACAGAGUGGGCCACUAGAUUACGUUUACAAAUGCAUACAAAAGACAUGAAUGUGGAGCAAAUGUAGACAAUGUGGUGUUACUCGUAUGCACCUAACUGAGAGAGCAUACGUCGCUAUGCGACGAAACUUGCCUCAAAACAUUCUGGAACGCACGCUACCGAGGAGUUCCGAACACUAUCCUGUUUAGCUUUUAAAGCCAGACGAACGUCCUCACGACGUUAUGUAACCGACACUGGAUCCGAAUGGAUUCAAAGAUACCAGGACAAUUGGGCAAUGAGAAUUACGAUGACCCUAUCAUCUCUAUGUGACGAUAACUUUUAAGUGUUGAUCUGGACCAGUGCGAGGGUUCGUGGGGAUGCAAGGGUUGCAUGCUCGUAGGUGGAUCCUAACAUUCCAUUCCGUACAAAUUGAUUCUGUAGUAAGCGGAACUAUUAGAAAUAGACUGCGUGGGUUUGGUGAGAAAUCAACUCGCUGAUGAGAAUAGACUGGAAUAUUAGGGCUCAGCUACGAUACAAAACUGUAACUGUUAUCGGCUCGUGAUCUUAUUUUGUUGUUAUUUAUGGUUAUUUUGAGAUAUUUAUAUUUAUUGAUUUUAUUUUUAUAAAUCGCAAAUAAAAACACAAAAAAUAUAACACACU